AUGGCUCUCGUCGACCGCACCACAGACUCUCCGCUCUUGGAGCUUCUCCUCAGUUUGAAGAACGCGUCAACAACCGCAACAGCCGCUACGGCUGCUACCCCCGCCACGCCGCGUGUCGCGGCGACGCCUUUUCUCCACCCUCUGCUGCCGCCAUCUUCUAACGAUCGCGCCUGCUCCGUCGAGAAGGCUUCCUCCGCCACCGCCGCCGCCGCCGCAUCAGCGUCGUCAGGAGCGACCGAAACCGGCGGGGCGGCAUACAGUUGCGUCGACGCUAUCGCGCCUCGGCUGCCUGACGACCAUUUGUGUGGGCUACUCCGAGCUGCGGCGAGUGACGAGUCUCCACCGGCGGCAGUCGCUGGCCCGCCGACGGGCGAUCCGCUUCAACAGGGGAGACCUAUGGCGCUGCCGAAGCUAGCUCCGCGGAUCUCCGCGCGCGACGCCAGCCAAUCGUCUCCGGCGGGAUCGCUGAACCAACAGCAGCAGAGCGCCGCGGUAGCAGCUGCUGCGCUGAUAGCGGGCGCCGUGCUCGCGGCGAAUGCGGCUGCAGGGAGACGCGAGAGGGCCCCGAUUUCAUCCUCCAACGUCGCAGGUCGUGCGAACUGCGGGCAGAACGAGAUCCCGAGUCGCAAGUCCCUCAGGAAACAGCCGGAGGCUCCGGAAUCGCAGGUUCCUGAGUUGCCGGAGGCUGGAGGUAAUGCGUCGCUCCGGAAACAGCUGCUAUUGCACGCGCAGCGCGGCAAUUCCUGGGAGCCAAUGCCUUCCGUGAUUCCUGGCCCUGUCACCACUGGCGGACGACUUUCGUCCCCUUCGUUCGGCGUCGCGUCUUUGGCGCGUCUCUCCUCGUCAACUGACGUGGCAACCUCGUCGCUGUCCGCUUUCCUGGGCGAACCAAGGAUCACGGCAGCAACAGAGAGGAGCUGCUACAGUGAAUCGCUUGCCAUGGCGCUUCGAGCAGCGAAUGAGGUAGCCAGGAUCAACAUUGGUGGAGUGAGGGACAUGAUUAGUGGUGGUGAUCUUCUGGAUAGCCUUGGCUUUGAGCAGCAGGAAAGAUCAUCCCGGAGCAAGAGAUGCCUCCAAUGUGGAAGAAUUUUCUUGUCCGGGCAGGCACUAGGCGGUCACAUGCGGAAGCAUUGGAAGGGCCCAAAAAGGCCGGAGCAUUCUUCACGGCAUGCAAAAGACUCGCUCAGUGUGACCAAGAGCGCUGCUGCGCAAGACAGCAAACACAGCCGUAAGUCGCCGUCGCCGUGUCAGCUGAACCUCACUAGGCGGUUCUCAGAAGAAUCGAUGGAGUUGGAGAAAGAAGUGGAUGCCCAGGAAAUUGAUCUGGACCUGAGGUUGUGA